UGUUUUGACCAGUGAUUGGGUCUCUCUCUCUCUCUCUCUCUCUCUCUCUAGAGGCAGAGAGAGAGACUAAGAAAAAUCAGUCUUUUGAUUCCCAAAAAGUCAAACAAUUCUAAAAGCCAAAAACCCCCCACCUCGCAACAACAACUACAAGAACAACAAGAAGAAGAACCAUUACCCCCCAUCUCUCUCUCUCUCUCUCUCUCUCUGUGUCUGAAAUCUCGAGGCUUUGAUCCGAACUCACUCUCUUUUGAGCUUUGUUGGGUUUUUCUUUUUUGAAUCUUUUAUUAAUUGGAGAAAACAGAGUCUUGUCUGUGAUGAGUUCGAAUACAGCGUCGUCGAGUUCAGGAGGCGUUGGAUCGGCGGAUUCGUCAGCUCCCAGGAGGAAUUCCAAGCGACCCAAGUAUUCUAAGUUUACUCAGCAGGAACUUCCAGCAUGCAAACCAAUUCUCACACCAAGAUGGGUUAUUUCGGCAUUCCUGCUUGUUAGCAUUAUCUUCAUUCCAAUUGGAGUUGCUUCCUUGUUUGCUUCCCGAGAGGUUGUUGAAAUUGUUGACCAGUAUGAAACGGUUUGCAUACCGGCCCCCAAUAUAACUGAUAAGGUCAAAUACAUACAGACGGGUUCCCGUCAAGAUUUAAUAUGCGACCGAACUCUAACAGUACCAAAGAAAAUGAAGCAGCCUAUAUUUGUGUACUAUCAGCUUGACAAUUUCUACCAGAAUCAUCGCAGGUAUGUAAAGAGCCGAAGUGAUGCACAGUUGAAAGAAAACAAAAUUCCCACUAAUGAAAGCUCUUGUAAACCAGAAGAUUCAUCAAAUGGGCAACCAAUUGUUCCUUGUGGUCUUAUAGCUUGGAGUUUGUUCAAUGAUACUUAUAACUUCUCUCGCAACAACCUGCCAUUGGUUGUGAAUAAGAAGGAUAUCUCAUGGAAGAGUGAUAGGGAAACAAAGUUUGGCAAAGAUGUCUAUCCUAAAAACUUUCAGAAUGGAACUCUUAGAGGCGGUGCAUCACUUAAUACCUCCAAACCAUUGAGUGAGCAGGAGGACCUCAUUGUAUGGAUGCGAACUGCUGCUCUGCCAACUUUUAGAAAGUUGUAUGGGAGGAUAGAGGUGGAUCUCGAGGAAAAUGAUACAAUUCAUGUGUCAUUGGAGAACCACUAUAAUACAUACAGUUUUAAUGGCAAGAAGAAGCUUGUACUUUCUACCACUGGCUGGCUUGGCGGAAAGAAUGACUUUCUUGGCAUUGCUUAUCUCACUGUUGGCGGGUUGAGCUUCUUUUUGGCUUUGGCUUUCACUGUAGUAUAUCUUGUUAAGCCAAGGAGACUUGGAGAUCCUUCUUACCUGUCAUGGAACAGAAAUGCAGGAGGGCACUAAGGAAGUUUCUGGACCUCUGUUGAUAGCUUGUCUUGAGCAUUUCGCAGUGAAUGCUUUAUAUGAUGUAAUUUUAUGUGUACUUCAUCCUUGUAUGAGCAGUAGUGAUGUUGUUGAUAAAUGUUCUCAAUAGAAACGGUGCAACCCACUGUGAACAAGCUGUAUCUCGGGUUGUAUUUGGUACUUACAAUCCCUUUUUUGAUUUUUUUUUUUUGAUUUUUUUUUUUAUUUGUACCUACAUGAUUUCGCUCAGGUAUUUGUUCAAUGUUCUUUCA